GGACUUGCUUGUAACUUUUAAAAGUUUCGUCUCCCCACCGGCGUCAUUUUCAAACUAUAUCCAGACCGUUUUCGGUCCGAAAAUAUCUUUGAAGAAAAAAAAAAUAAAAACAGUAAAAAAUAAAGAAAACAUAUUUAUUUUAUUUAAUAAUUACACAAUAUUACCAAAUAAUACAAAAAUAAAUUUUACAAGUCAAAAUAAAUGCAUAUUGAAAGUUCUAUUAUGUUUACAUGGUUUAUCUGGCAUGCUUAAAAGUUUUACCCAAGGGCUAUCCAUAUUUACUUACUGAGUUAUCUCAUAGUUUUUCCUUGUCCACCAUUUCAGGAAGCGAAGUCAAGGAUGGGGAAACCGAGGGGAGUGACGAUUUAGAAGGCUAGUCAAUUCUCCUCUAAGCCUAAAAUUACCCAUUUAAUUGCUGGGUUUUGUCCGUUAAGUGCUGCCCUGUGCUUGUCGAAUUUUGCUAAAAUGGGGGGAGGAAUUCCGGUAGCAUUUAAAUGUGUUUUUGUGCUUGGUUUAGGUUUUGAUCGUUCUGUCACCGUAGCACUUGGGUUAGCCUUCUGUUCUGUGCGAGUGAAGUAAGUAAAUUAUGGUAAAGCCCUUUGAUUUUAAAGCAUAUUUUAAACUGUUUUUGAGAUGGUGGCAAGCUUUAAAUUGUUUUUAUCAGCAUCUGAGUGUGAUUAAAUUGAAAUGUAAAUUGUGAUGGUUUUUAUGAGAAUUUCAUUGUUUUUCUGGAAUUGAGCAUGAUUGGAAUGAAAAUGGGAAUUUCAUUGUUUUCUGGAAUUGAGCAUGAUUGGAAUGAAACUGUUUUCAUUGCAUUGAGCAGAGCAUGCCUAUUUGGAAAUUGACUGA